UGUCGGGCCGCGCGUUGCCCGGUCGCGUUAUCGUGUAUGUGGUAUAUAAAAGACUAUGUAGUAUAUAAAGUGUUAUCUAUUGUCAAGUCAUAUCUUGAUAUCAGUGUAAAGCGUGCUUUUGUGCUGCCGACUGCACCAGAUGAACGCGUUCAUAUAUUUUGGCGCGAAACGAAUUUUUAUUUUUAAUUUUCGAAUUUGAAUAGUGAUGUUCGGUUGACAGUUUUGUUUCUUUUAAUUGUUUUUUUUUAAUUGUGGAUUUGAAAUUUUGUGAAAAUGAAUUUCACCGAGUUAACUACGGAUUUUUUCCCGACAACAAUGUCUACGGAUUUUAUGACGACGGAUUUGAUGACAACCGAUUUGAUACCGAUGGAGGAGGAAACCGGUUUUAAAGCAUGGUUGCUGGGAUUGAUUAUGAAGCGUGCUGCGGUCCAAGGUAGCUUCUGGCAAGGAUUCCUAGCUUCACUAUCAGUGGUCAUAGUCUCUGAACUCGGAGAUAAGACCUUCUUCAUCGCGGCCAUCAUGGCUAUGAAGCAUCCUCGAGUUGUGGUCUUCGCUGGUGCUAUAUCAGCGCUGGUGUUCAUGACUGUACUCUCCGCGGCUUUCGGAUGGGUAGCCACUGUGAUACCAAGAGUGUACACACAUUAUAUCAGUGCUGCCCUCUUCGCGAUCUUCGGUCUGAAGAUGCUUAGGGACGGGUGGAAGAUGGACCCCAAUGAAGGUCAAGAGGAAUUGGAGGAGGUGCAGAGUGAGUUAAAGAGGAGAGAAGAUCAGGAUGAAAAAGAAGAAACUCUAGAUAUGUUAGAGCAGGGUCAAGCAGAGAACAGAAGGAGAAAAAGGAAUGCUGUAAUUAAGGUGUUACUCCAAGCUGCAUCUCUUACAUUCCUAGCGGAGUGGGGCGAUAGGUCACAGCUGGCUACUGUCGUGCUGGCGACGAGGGAGAACGCAGUGGGAGUUGUAGUUGGGGGAUCUUUGGGGCACGCGCUGUGCACUGGUCUGGCUGUUAUUGGGGGUAGAAUGGUAGCGCAGAAGAUUUCAGUAAGAACUGUUACAAUAAUUGGUGGCAUAGUGUUUCUCUUCUUCGCGGUGAGUGCUUUAAUUAUCGGCCCCGGUGAAUAAAUGGACAGAUAAAUGUAUUUAAUUUAUUUUUAAGUGAAUUCAUUUCUUAAUUUAUAAUGUGUUUUAAUUUGUUUUCAACGU